ACAGACUACGUACAUUUCAUAGCGCGUCACCUAGACCCCAGUGGGUGUCUGUUCGAUGGGCGAAUAUAUAGCAGCCAAGAGCUUGGCAUCGGCACUGAUAAGUCCACUGAAGUACUCCCGGCAGGAUACGAGAAGGUGGUUAUAGUUGAUGACAGUGGUAGCAGCAUAUGGCACGAUGUUGACACUGAUAUCUGCUGUUUUCCGAGUGUUCCUCCGUACACCUUUAUGAGGGAUCAUAUUGCAGACAUCCUCAACGGAACCUACGUUAACGAUGAAGAUCAUUUCCUUCUCGACGAUUUAUUGCCGCAGCUCACGGCGAUCGUGUCUAAUAUGAAUAGUGCUUCCUGAAUCGAACUCCGUGUCGUUCCUCCACCACCCUCGGCGGCAUCCAAGGGUUUGACAUGAGUUUGAAUAUCACGAGUUUGAGAAGCUCAGCUUCCCCAUUUGAGCUACUAUCUAUGAUGAUAUAAUUACGUUGUACUAUUACUGAACAUAGCUAUUUACAGUGAGCAUCAAUUCUUGUGUAUCAAGAUUGAAACAUAGGAAAUUGUACAGACGCGAGACG